UGUCCCUGUGCUGCUUCACUCGUGACAAGUACAGCGACAUGUGCAUAUCAACUCUAAUGAUGCGGAGACACCGUCACUGAACUAACUACAUGACAAUUCUGUCGAAUAAAUACCUAUUUUACACUGCAGAGAGAAGACGACGGACGCACAGACUCUCUGCCGUCCAUCUCUAUUUCCCAUCCCUUCGUCCUUCCAUCUCUCUGUCCCUCUGUGGAUAUUCCAGAUAUGUGACCUGCUCCAUGGAGAUUGCUGUAGAUGGCUGAGGAGCUGUGCACCGGCUGGUUUCGCAUUGUCGCAGGCUCCUUGGAGAUAGAGGAAUGCAAAUCUGCAAUCAUGAUGGAAGGAUUGAAAAAGCGUACCAGGAAGGCCUUCGGGAUACGGAAGAAAGAGAAGGGAGACAAGGACAAUGACUCAACGGGGUCCCCUGACAGAGAAGGGGGUGAUCCCCAAGAGAUUGAAUCGUCACAGAAGAAAGCCAAUGGCGCGGCUGUCAACGGAUUCUCUGGAGAGAUCGACUGGGACAGAUAUAACACUCCUACGGUGGACGAUGAAGGUUACAGUCUCAGGCCAGACGAGGAGGAGGGGCCAGGAUCAGCUGGCUCCAAACCACCCAAGGAACACUUCUUCUCCUCCAGCGAGUCGGAGGGAGAGGAGGACCACCGUAAAAAGUUUAAGAUCAAGAUUAAACCAUUACCAGCGGAAAGUGCCAACUGUUUGGCCCCCUCAGUAGAUGAACUCAAAGCCUCCAUAGGCAACAUAGCUCUGUCUCCUUCUCCUCUGAGGAGUAGUCCGAGACGUAGCCCGGGGUUGAUGACAAAGGACUCUGGUGAAGAGAUACAGGUGGCUCGGCCAAGACGUCCUGCACCCAUUGAGGUCCCCACAUUGGCAGCCCCGGCGCUACAAGUUCCCAGAAGUAAGAGAGCCCCAGCAGUACCAGUACCAGAGAAGAAAGCAGCGCCAGUACCAGAGAAGAAAGCAGCGCCAGUACCAGAGAAGAAAGCAGCGCCAGUACCAGAGGACACAACAGCCUUAUUUGGGCCUCCGCUGGAGACGGCCUUCGGAGAGCAGAAAACUGAAGUGGGUAUAUCUGAGCCAGUGGUGUGUGGCGUAUGGGGUGCUCCUCUACCUGAGUCUGAGUCACUGAGCCCAGACUUCUCUUUCACAAGACCCUUCCCUACAGGCACUCCGCCCCCGCUUCCGCCCAAGAAUGCCCCACCCCCCACUGACUGGCUCCCCUCUGCAGAUGCUGCUGGUUUGUCAAUAAAGGCAGAAGGCUCAGGGAGGAAGACCUCCGUCCCAAACCUGGAUAACAUUUUCGGCCCAGCGGAACCCCCUGCCUUUGGCGAGGAAUCUGCCGACAAAUGGAUCUGCUUCAGCGAGGAGGAAUCCGCAGCCUCUGAAAAACCACCCCCUCCAACGUCCCCACCCCCUCCAGAAGAUCCCCCUGCCCCUCCUGUACCCACCUCCCCUCUCCCUCUGGAUGACCCUGUCCCUGCCCCCUCUCUCUCCCCUCUCCCCACCUCCCCUCCCCCACAGGAAAAACCUGUCUCUCCAUUACCCACCUCCCCACCCCCUACAGAUGAACCAGUGCCCCCAGCCACUGUCCCACCCACGCCGAAAGACCCUACACCCCCACCCUCACCACUUCCUCCAAAGGACCCUACACCACCCCCCACUCCCACACCCACUGUUGUCCCCACUCUCGACUUAACCUCCAGCAUCGCCCCUGCUCCCCUUGUCACCUCACCCAGCAGCGUUGCCCCUGUCCCCUCUGCAGUUCCCUCUUCUCCCAAAGCAAGCAUACCUGUCUCCCCCACCAGCCCCCCUGCCCCUGUGGAAGCACCCUCACGCACCAUCCCCCGGCCCCUCGUCUUGGCCGCGGAGGAACGGAGGAGUCCUGAAGCAGCAGCUCUGCCUGUCCCACCUGCCCCUCCGAAAGAGGACCUCAGUGAAACCACCACCACCCUGUCACCCAAAGAUGCUGGCCAGGGUUCCCGUGUUGCGCCGCCCCCUCCUCCACCCCCUACAUACAGGGCAGUGGUGUCCUCUCCAGGACCAACGACAGGGGGUACGGGUAGUGGAGCGUCCUCUCCGGCUCGAUCUGCUACACCGUCAGCUCCAUCAGCUGUUGUCAGCAGCCCCACCCCACCCCCACCUCCGCCACGCCCUUCCUCACGACCCAAACUGCCUCCUGGGAAACCUAGCAUGGGGGACGUGAGCCGGCCUUUUAGUCCCCCGGUCAGUCACUCGUCCAGCCCCCCUCCAGUCGCCCCCCUGGCUCGGGCCGAGAGCACUUCCUCCAUCUCCUCCAACAACUCCUUGAGUGCAGCCACCACCCCCACCGUCGGUAAAGAUCUCACUGUCUCUGUGUCAGAAGAUGAUGCUUUUGUAGACAAACUGCCCACGUUUGGGAGGCCCUUUGAUUCCCUGGCAGAGAAUGACCAGCCUUCCCUGGUUUGGUUUGACAGAGGCAAGUUUUAUUUAACCUUUGAAGGCUGCUCCAGGGGACCCAGCCCUCUCACCAUGGGGGCCCAGGACACCCUUCCGGUGGCGGCAGCUUUUACUGAAACAGUCAAUGCCUUCUUCAAAGGAGCCGACCCCAACAAGUGUGUUGUGAAGAUCACAGGUGAGAUGGUGCUGUCGUUUCCAGCGGGGAUCACUCGGCACUUUGCCAAUAACCCGUCCCCUGCCGUGCUAACCUUCAGCAUAACCAACUACAGCCGGCUGGAGCAUGUGCUGCCUAACCCCCAGCUACUCUGUUGUGACACCGCCACGACACCCAACCCUGACUGCAAGAACUUCUGGGUGAACAUGCCAAACCUGAUGACCCAUCUAAAGAGGGUGGCUGAGCAGAAACCCCAGGCCACAUACUACAAUGUGGACAUGCUCAAGUACCAGGUAUCGGCGCAGGGCCUCGUUUCGACACCCCUGAACCUGGCAGCCAGUUGGCGGUGUGUGCCCACCAGCACGGACCUCCGGAUAGACUACAAAUACAACGGCAGCGCCAUGACAACACCCGUGGCUCUCAACAACGUCCAGUUCCUGAUCCACGUGGACGGAGGGGUCACCAAGCUACAGGCUGUGCUCCCCCCCGCCGCCUGGAACGCAGAGCAGCAGAGAAUCCUGUGGAAGAUUCCUGAUAUUUCCCAGAAAUCUGAAAAUGGAGGCGUUGGCUCAUUGUUGGCGCGGUUCCAGCUGUCGGAGGGUCCCAGUAAGCCCUCUUCCCUGGCGGUCCAGUUCACCAGUGAGGGCAGCACUCUGUCAGGCUGUGAUAUAGAGCUGGCAGGGCCCGGGUACCGCUUCUCACUCGUCAAGAAGAGGUUCGCAGCAGGAAAAUAUUUGGCAGACAACUGAUACUCCACCCUACUAGUGCACAACACUACUGAACAAAUACACCGAACGUCAUCAUCUCAAUGGACUUCGACUGAGUAAUGGAAACCUACAACACCACCACCUCCCUACAGACAGACAUACAAACACUCCUUUCUAAACGCGCGAGAUAGACAGGCCCAGGCCACACCGCCUACUGUACCCAGCAGUAUUGUAUAACUUGCAUUUAGCGUUGUGGACCGUUUUAAAGGUGUAAUUAUUGUAUUUGUAAAAUGUAUUCAUUUCAGAACAUCUGUAUUGCUGCAGUUAUAGACACCCAUCCCAGGUUUACCCUCUCUAAAGCUACAUGCCUCCGUCUCCCUCCCCUCUCCAAGAUGUGGUGUUGUUUAACCCUUAACGCAGCUGCCUAGCUAAUCAACCGCACCGCAACCACAAACCCACGGUUUCAAUGGUGAACAAAACACUAUUUAUUUUAGACGCACUAACAAAGAUGUUAUGCUAAGAGAGGAUGAGGAUGCAUGUAAAAGAAGACUGCUUGGUUGUGUCAUUGCGUGAACUAUAGAUGAAUAGGCGCACCACGGUGUGAGAGGUUUCGCUCUCGCUAAAAUCUUUUCAAAAUAAGCCCAGUGUGCUUCGUUUUGGACUUAAGCUUUGUCGCCUGCCUUCCCGCCUUUGGGACGACUCCUCCCAAUGUUAGGGCGGAGACCUGAGCAUCUCGUCAUAAUAUACAGAUCUCUGGCUUAACAGAGGGGCUAGUUCUUCCUCAUGCUGCCUCUCGCAUGCCUGUGAUUGGACACAGUUAGAGCUACCAUAGGAUUCUGGGUAAUGUAGUUUUUAUACUGUUAGCUUUAACAGUUGAUUUUUUAGCAUGCCCUCUACAAAGGCACAACAGGGUCAAAGGACAUUGUUUAUUUGGAUGAUGUAAUUCACCACCACACUCCUCCUCUCCCUUCUUUGAAUGCACUGAUUUAAUACCCGGUUGAAGCAUAAUUCUAUAGUCCUGAGUAGUUGGGCAGCUGCAACAAUAAGUCAAUUCCUGGUUGCAAUAUAAAACAAAUAUAAGACGUUUCCCUUUAGAAAAACCUGUACAAAGUGUCAUUUUAAAUGGAUAAUAUAUAUCUUAAAGGGCGUUUUGGUGUUUUCCUUGUAUUGUCAAAUAGCCUUUGUUGUUCCUGAGACAGCAGUGGCAGACUUACUUCAGAGUACAUUACAGCAUUCUAUUUUUAUUUAUUGAUGAUAAUGAUUUAUUGUAUAAAGUAUGUGAUUCUGUAUAUGAAUAUAAUUUUAUGGUAUCACCAUUUAGAAUCCUUAAAGGUAUACAUAUUUGAAUGAUAUUUUUUGUUAUUUGUGUAGUUGGGUAACCUGUGUACAGUAUAAUGUAUAAGGUAUAAUUUUUUCAAUUUAUUUGAGAUAUAAUUUUUUUAAACUCAAGUGCAACAGACAAUUUGAGGUAUAUAUGGGCAUUGGGUGGGAGGGGGUAGACAAUGACAAGGAAAAAAAUACAAAUAACGACCCUCGAUGUGUACGUUAUGCUUUAUGGAAGUUCUGACCAUGGAUCGUCAGUCAGCUUUUGACCAUUUUAGGCCCUAUUCCCAUUCACCGCGAUGCAUUCCUACCCACCUGAAACCCCCUGAAUGGAUAUUAUUCUGCAUCAAACAGCAUGACCACUCCCCUUCAGAUCAAACCAACCAACCAGCGCUUGAAUCCAUGGCUUUAUUUUGCAUAAUGGUAACGGUCUCUGUGAGAUGACAUGGUGACGAGGUUUUUGGAGGGAGGUUAGAUGACCAAAACGCUUUUUGUAUUUAUGUGUGUGUACUCCAGACAGUCCUCUAUAAGAGCGAGAAAUAAGCUGAAUAUUUUUAAAACUGACACACACAAAAAAAAAAUAUUGUUUCAUGUGAAGAGCACUGUGCUGAUAAUGUUAUCAACUCCCUGAAUGCUCUGAUCUUCAACAUAGAGAACAAAAAAUGUGUGUGAUGACAUUUAACUUAAGAGGUCUCCUCAUGUAGGCAUCGUAAGUAUGUCAAAAAAUUAUAUCUGUGCUUCAUGAAGCUACAUAGCACCAUUGAUUAUGGCUGUCAUAGAAGUGUCUUAGAGGGUGUGAUUACAUGUUGAUUGCAUGUUGUCUGAACAUAAAGCAGGCGUUUCUAUGUAAAGGCAUUAAUGAAUGGUGUGGUGCAGCUCUCCGUACAGCAGUUGAGUAACAAGGGUUCGAGCGAAGGUUUUCCGGUACGGAUAAUAUAAUGUAUUUCUACACACAGUUACGGUAUAGUCCUGAAGUCAAGUGCUCCACCAACCAACUCUAUGACCUAUUGUUUUGUUAAAUGUGAGAACUGAAGAGCAGAGAGUGUGUCUGUGUGUGGCGUGCUAAGCCAGACUGCUUUAGGUUCUGUACUUGUUCUCUAUCAAUCACCUGUGCAGGCUGUGUUUGUACAGACCAAUGUUAAGAGGAACUGAUGGGGAAACUUAGUUUGCUUCUUUCCAACAAAAAAAAUAAAAAAUAAAAUAAAAGUUACGAGCUGGACACACGUUGUAUGGAGCUCUCUUUUCUCUUUGCAACUCGCAACGGAAGUGUUUCUCCCCUCUCGAAUGCAGUCUAUUCAAUAUGUCCUCCACCCAUUUUGAGUUCUGAUGUGCGGCACAGCCCGUCGAGGUUGGCUGUAAACUGCAUCGUCUUUUAAGCCUUCCUGCGAAUACGCAGCUGUUUAUGAUUGUGUGCUACGAGGGAUGUCAAACGGAGAUGUUACUGUAUCAUGAUUAGCCUUGUGGUUUAAUUCAAUGUCCUGUAUAUAUUUCUGUUUGCUUCGUUUAUAUUUCUAUGGAUAUAUUUGGGUUUUUUUUUCAUCUAUUUGUGUUAUCCAAUGCACAGGAUACUGAAUAUGCAAUUGUUUAAUGUGACGUACCGUACUAAUGACAUGUUAUAAACGUACGCGGGAUGACCUACUAUGCUAUCAAGAUUUUCAAUCAUUGUCCGUUUUCUUGGAAAUAAAGUAGGCGUAUCAAUUUG